AUGAGCAUGAUCAAAGUUACACCGCCAAAGAAAAGGCCGGUUCGAUCAAAUGCAGCGAAACUCAAAACACUUAUGCGCCAGCGAGCAAACAUUUUCGGCUCCGCUGCGUUGAUUAAAAAGUUCAAUGAUCAAUUUCGAGAGGGCCAAGGGCAUCAAGUACAAGUGGGGAUCGAUUCUCUUGCUCAAUUAUGGGCAGGCUUUGCGAGUGUUCAAGAUGAUAUCGAAGAGAUUGAAGAUCGUGUUGACGGCGAGAGUGAAGUUGAAGCAACAUUGUCCGACGAACGAAUCCAGUUCCAGGAUCUAUAUUUUGAUCUCAAGGCCUCUCUGGCUGCAUUUAGAGGGGAAGCUGCUCGUAUUGUUGCUAAUUUAGAGGUUAAUGCCGCCAAAUUCACGAUCGCAUGGAAAUCGGUUUGUGAGCGGUAUGAUAACCCAAACUUGCUACUCAAACAUCAUUUUGCAACCUUGUUCACCAUUCCCAAUGUAAAAAAGGCUUCUUCAUCCGCUUUAUACGAUCUAGUGGACGAAUUUGAUCACCAUGUGGGUAUUUUGGAGAAAUUAGACACACCAGCAAAUCUCUGGAAUACAGUACUCGUUGAAAGUCUCAGUAAGCGACUCGAUCCAGUAACAUUGAAAGAAUGGGAGAACAAUUGUGAAGGUGAUGCAAGACCAACAUAUCAAAAUUUGAUUGACUUUGUUCUAAAAACGUCGAGGGUGUUACAAUCAGUAAAACUGUUGCACAAUUGUAACCAACCGGUUGACUUGAAACCUGUCAGGCCCAAACCAAUUUCCUCACACAUCACGACUGAGACUACAUUCAAAUGUAAACAUGCCCACCCACUGUUUAAAUGUGAUCAAUUUCUCGGAAUGGAAGCCAAGCAGCGUUUUGAGUUUGUGAAGAAGCAUGGAUUGUGCAUAAAUUGUCUGAAGGGAUCACACCUGGCGAAGAACUGUAGUAGUAGCUGUUGCAGAAAUUGUUCGAAGAAACAUCACACGCUGCUGCAUUUGCCUCCUCUUCAUACGGGCCAUAAGCCUGCUACGCAAACAUCUUUAGCCUGUUCAGCUGUAACCAGUGACGUGAUUCCUUCAGGACAACUGUUGUCGCAUACAAGCUUGUUCGCAUCGCAAUCAUGCCCUUCACCACCUCCGUCGCAAGUCGUCUCGCGCGCAAUGGAUUCGGUAUCGGCUUAUACGUAUUCGGUCGUCGUCGCUCCCUCCCCGCCGCCGGUUGGUUCGUCCGUAUCAUAUUCGAUCGGUAGUUCGGCAGUCGAUCAGAACACUUUGCCUAUGGCUGCAUAUGUUGCACCGAAGAAAGAUUCCGUCGGUUGUACGGGUGAAGUGUUUCUUUCAACGGUAGUUGUGAAGGUGAAAGGAACUACUGGUGGUUCGCACUUCAUUCGUGGAGUUUUAGACAGCUGUUCACAAGCCAACUUUAUCUCUGAAGCUAUGGCAAGAAGGCUUGAGUUGAAACGUGAUAAUAUAAAUAUGCAAGUAAGCGGUAUUGGACAAGAGAUCGUCCAUAUACGCUCUAAGGUGCAUAUCAAGAUUUCUUCGCGCUUUGGAAAAUUUGAUUAUCAUCUCGAAUGUCUCGUGAUUCCACAAAUUACAGUGACUAUCCCUAGUAAUCAUGUUGACAUUUCUCGUUGGAAUAUCCCUGACAACAUCCCGUUAGCAGAUCCUCGUUUCAAUAUAAGUGCUGGUGUGGACCUGCUUAUAGGUGCAGAGCUGUUCUACUCGUUACUGGAAAGCCACAAGGUGCGUCUGUCUGAGGGAUAUCCUACAUUGCAACAGACGGUUUUCGGAUACGUUGUCGUUGGUAAAUUGUUGGAGUCAGCUAACCCAUCGUUGAUAUGCAUCGUGAGCGCUUCGAGAAGUCUUGAAACUACUUCACACCGUUUUUUGGAAGUAGAAAACUUUGAUGACGGCAAAUCUAUGACUCCACUAGAGCAGGUGUGUGAAGACCACUUCAAGAAAAAUGUUUCUAGAGCAAAUGGCGGUCGAUACAUGGUCCGUCUUCCUGUGCGCGAAGAACUACUACCGCUGCUGGGAGAGUCAUAUGCAGUGGCUCAACGCAGAUUACUGGCAAUCGAAAGGAAAUUCACAUUGAACAGUGAAUUCAAAAGGGAAUAUGUAGACUUUAUGGAAGAAUAUCGCAAUCUAGGUCAUAUGGAACUGAGUGCUCGCAUCGAACAUCCCCAGUUUUUCCUGCCACACCACGCUAUUCAUCGUCCAGAGAGCUCAACAACGAAAACGAGAGUAGUAUUUGAUGCAACAUGCAAGGGUAGUACUCAAAUGUCUCUGAACGAUGUUCUACUCGUCGGCCCGAUUGUCCAGCCAUCGCUUCUCGCUACCGUACUCAAUUUUCGAGCACCAAAGUUCGUAUUUAUAGCCGAUAUUGAAAAAAUGUUUCGGCAAGUGUGGGUACAUCCAACAGACCGCAAACUGCAGCAAAUUCUCUGGAGAUCGAAUGCUUCGCAGCCCCUACAGCGGUAUCAGCUUACCACAAUCACUUAUGGGACAUCAAGCGCUCCGUACCUAGCUACCCGCGUGCUAAACCAACUCGCAGAGGAUGAAGGAAGACGUUUUCCUCUUGGUGCGGGUAUAAUUCGAAAAGGAUUUUAUGUAGAUGACGUACUUACUGGAAGUGAUGACCUUGACGAAUUGAUUGAAGCAAGCAAACAACUUUCUCAGCUGUUGGAGCUAGGUGGUUUUCGUCUUAGAAAGUGGUGUGCUAAUGAUGCGCAGAUUAUAAGGCACAUUCCUGAUGAUUUGAAGGAAUCCUUGCCGCUAACGGAGAUCGACCGUUCGACUGCUGUCAAGACACUGGGUCUACUAUGGUCACAUGAUUCUGAUGAAUUUGGAUUCAAAAUUCCGGGUCUACCGGAGUUGAGCAGUUUUACUAAAAGAGUAGUACUAUCUAAAAUGGCACAGCUUUUCGACCCUCUUGGUUUGGUUGGAGCUGUCAUAGUGAGUGCGAAAAUCUUCGUUCAGCAGCUUUGGGCGAUGAAUCUUUCUUGGGACGAAGAACUCCGGUAA